UUGCAGGUGGCAUUUUCACUAUCUUGUGGUAGAUUGGUAUUUACUGUACCUUUGAUUUCCCAACUGAUCGAAGUUGGUCACGUGACCGUGAUUUAGUGAAUGCGGUGGUAUUUUCUUAUGAAAUGAAGAAGAUUUGGAAGUCAGUUUUACGUACGGUGAAAAAUCGGAAAUAUCAGCAAAAAGCAAUUAAAUAUGCUGAAGAUAUGGAAAAAACCAACACUAUCCAUCGUGCACCGCGAUAUCCAACGGAACAAAAGAAUUUUCAAAAAAUCCAAGCUGAUGAAAGAAUUACACAGGAAAUAAAAAAACGAAACGAUAUUUUAAUAGACAAUAUGAAUAAAAUCACAGUAACUUCUUCCGAACCGAAAAACCGUUGGACACCGACCAAAGAAUUGCGAUCAAAAGAUACAGAAUGGGUUCGUAGGAAUGAUCAAAUAUGGGAAUUCGGAUUUUAUGAGCUUCCACUGGACAAAAUGCCAAAAGGGAAAUUAAUGUUUCGCGAAGCUAUUGAGAUCCUGCGAGCACGAUGCGACAAAGAUUUCGUAUUAAAAUUAAGCGAAGAACAAAAAGAUAUCUUACUUCCUCAGAUCCUAGAAAGCUUAGAAAAGCAUCCGGCCAUGCAGAGGAUUGGCGAAGAAACUUUUAACAGAAUUUGGCAAUAUUUUAGGCCAUUCGAGCAGAAGGAAAACAAUAUAUUGUGAGGAGGAAAGAUAUAGAUGAACUUCGCGAUGCAAUGUUGGGUUUCUACAAAGAACCGAAACUACCAUCGUUUGAAAGUUUGAAAAAAAAGCGAGAGCAGCAGCUCAAGACUGAAUUACAUGUUCGUCUGGAAGAUGGUUUAAUGGAUGAAGAUGAAAAAGAAAGGCUUGAAAGAUUAGAGAAAAUGAAGCAAUUAAAAGCAAAGGAAGAUAUGCGACUUUCACAAGAACUAAAAAAGCUUGGUCUCACAAACGAAGACAAAAAACCGGAUGGAGCAGUCAAGGACGAUACAGAAAAACGACGUUUGGAACAAGCGAAAUGAUUAUUAGUCAGGUAUUGUAUAACUAACGAAUAGGUGUCUUAUAUUAAAUUUGUAUAUUUAAUAUUGAUUGGUUGUCGAAUAAGCUGUUUUUAUGCUG